AUGGGACGGGCAGCCAACAGGACUAAUAAGAGAGUAUCUAGUAGGGGUGCAAAGGUAAAAGCAAAACCAGUGGUGACAGAUACUCAGACCAGUGUCAAUGGAUUUGACCGGCUGGUGUAUAACCGUGUGGGGAAGUGUGGCAGUCGCAGUCUCAUCACCAUACUCAGUGUCCUGAGCAACGUCAAUGGCUUCAACUUCGCCAAGGACAACUUUGUCAAGCACUGGCAGACCAGGUUCCCACUUCCUGAACAGAUUGCCUUGGUUCAACACGUGGACCAGAUACAGCCUCCCUUCUUCUACAACAGACAUUUCCACUACAUCGACUUCACCAGGUUUGGCGCAAGACAGCCUGUCUACAUCAACAUGAUUCGAGACCCUUUCGACCGACUGGUGUCUUCUUACUACUUCAAGAGAUAUGGUGAUGGGAGGUCGGAUGACAGAGGUGGACACCUGAAGGAGGAGGACAAAUUACGAAGCUUCGAUGCGUGUGUGCUGGAGGAACAGGUGGAGUGUACGCGGGGACUGCAUUACAUCAUCCCCUUCUUCUGCGGACAGAGACCAGGCUGCAGGGAGCCAUCACGAUGGGCACUGGAGAAGGCCAAAGACAACGUCUUGGACAAGUUUCUAGUUGUGGGGAUUCUGGAGGAGUUUAACGACACAUUGAGGGUCUUCGAACACCUGCUGCCUAACUUCUUCAAAGGAGCCAUGUCUGUGUGGGAGAACCCACCUCAGUGGGUACGGCAGCUUUACAACAGCUCUAAGACUGCGAAAAAGCCGACACCUUCACCGUUCAUCCGAGACAAGUUCCGACGGAGAAUGAAGCUGGAGUACGAGUUCUACUACUUCGUCCGCGACAUUUUCCACAACCUGAAAAACAAACUGGGCAUCCCCUCCACCCCUGACCAGGUAGCCUACAGAAGCGAUCCACUCUACAAGGAAAUCAUGGCCAGUAAAUCGACCAAGCUGACGUCGUACGCCCGAGAACAGCCGGUUAUAGCAGUGGGAGCAGACAACAAGGAUUACGACGAAAACGAAAACGAAUACGAGGAUGAAAGAAAGGCUUCUGACAGCACGGCGGGGGCUGCCACGAUACCAAAAAUUCCACAAGAACCAAUCAAAAGAGUUGAUCCAAGACAAGCACCAAUAGAUGAGACGCAGAAACAUGUUUUGCAUGUAAAAGAAGUUUUUCCACAGAAUGUUUAUCCUAAUACCAGGGAUCAAAAUGCCUUAUCGGGUGGCACAGAAAUGGAAAGAGUUUUAGAACAGGCUCAACGUAUAGUGAGUGCUGCUGUUCAGGAUAACCUCAACUCUAGGACUUCUGAAACCCUCAGUAAAACACACAACACUGAAGACAAUGAAGAGGACAACUACGAUGAUGAUGAAGAUGAAGAUGAUGAAGAUGAUAGGGAAGAUUAAGGAUGACGUAUUCCAACAGUACUUAACAUCUACUAUUGUCAGUGUCCCACCCUUAAGUACACUGUAUCUGGCAUCUCCAAAGUUAUGUCCAAUUAUUUGUCCAUGUAUGUGCUCUUCUACAACUAGCCAAUCUGGAGUGUAUUUGAUAUAAGGCCACACCAAUUUGAUUUGUUGGCCAUCAGAUUUUUCCAGAAAAAAAAAAUGAAGCAACAGAGCAAAAAUAACAACAGGCCUAGUAUAAUAGCCCCAAAGUCAACAUACCAGGCUGGUUUGUAAUUGAAACAAUGAGUUUUAAACUUUCAUCAAACCAGUGCAUUGAUAGAUGAAAAAACUGUAACAAGUAGAAAGACAAAGAGCUUCCUCUAACUGUUUCUUCCAAAAUAUGAGCAUUUUGCAGUUGAUUCAGAACCUGAAUCCUUGUUGUUUUUUGUUUUUUUGCAAAUUAGAAAAAAAAUUAAGCAGGCAUAUCUGGUAGCCAAUAGAUUAAAUUGGUGCAGCCUAAAUGAAUACUUGCUAUUCAUGUUCCUGUUGUGUAGUAGAAUGGUGUAUCCUAAUAUUUUUUCUGUGAAAAAAACUUCUCAGAGGUUUUGUACUGUGCACAUGUCUACUUAAGCAUAGAAGUGACCGUAUAUUUUCAAAGGAUCCAAAUUUGAAGUAAUAAGGCUAAUAUUUCAUGUAGUUCUUUUAGGCAAUUAAGGAAUAUGUAAGUAAUAAUUUGAAAAAAAAUGGUCUUAAUAUGGUGUAGAUUUGACAAAUGUUUUAUGCUGUUAUGGGAAAAUAUAAAUUGUGAAUUUCUGGUGGAAGGUACAAGUACUUAAUUGUGGAUAUAAGAAUUCAUUGCAAUUUUUGUUCUGUCAGAGUUGAAAAGCUGAUCUGUUACAUCAUUUAAACCAAAGUGCCUUCGCUUAACCACAGAUGAUAUAGACCAUAAGUAUUGAAUGCUCAGUGGACCAGUGAAUUAUUUCCAGGUGUUGAGAAUUUCGUACAAAGUGACCUUACAGACUAUAUUUUUGUGUUUGAAUGAAAGCUCAUCUGUGUUGGUAGAAUCCAUAGUUGUAGAGUUUAAGCUGUGUUCCAACAAUUUUCAGUUCAUCUCGAUAUAGAACUUUAUCAGAUGUGUGCUUCCAUGGAUGAAGGUCGACGAGAUUGACUGAAAAUUCAGUUUCUUUGUUGUG